CGACCAAUUAUUACCCAACGGAGGCGGUCUCACGCAAUACACCCUCCUCCGCCAUGUCCGACGACGAUUCCAAGCCUGUGGUUGCAGCGCACGAAGCAGCCGCUACGACUGCCACUGCCAACACCGUCGAUACACAAGCUGAUCCCGCUGUGCAGGACGCACCCGUGCCAACUGCGCCAGUAGUCAAGCAUCCGUUGCAACACAAAUGGGUGCUCUGGUAUGAUAACCCAAAGAAGAAGCUGGCGAGCGAGACGUGGGAAGAGAGCUUGAAGGUUGUGUACUCGUUUGACACGGUCGAGGACUUUUGGGGCAUGUUUAACAAUAUCUUGCCGCCCACAAAGCUGCACGUCGGGAGCAACUACCAUUUAUUCAAAGAAGGCAUCCGUCCGAUGUGGGAGGAUCCGAUCAACGCCAAGGGCGGCAAAUGGGUGCUGACCAACAACCGCCAGCGCCGCCCCCGCCUCGACGAUGCAUGGAUGAACACGAUGCUGGCCCUCAUCGGCGAAUGCCUCGAAGACGACGACGACUUAAGCGGUGCGGUCGUGUCGGUCCGAAAAACCCAAGACCGCAUUGCCGUGUGGACGCAAACGGCCACAAACGAGCAGCUGCAACGAAAGGUCGGUGGCAACUUUCGCAAGGUCCUGGACCUGUCCAAGAACGAAGUUCUCAAGUACCAGAGUCAUGCCGACGCGGCUGCCAGUGGGUCGAGCUACCAAAACGAUGUGGUAUACGACGCGUAGGCCUUUGUCGACCGGACGCGUGCGGCGACGUCGGCGGUCGCGCAAGGUUAGAAUAGGAGAUACUGGAUUUUGGGGAACAGUCUUGUGCGGGUUUGGCAUGUAGAUUGAUCUGUUGUAAUUUACAAUUUACCACAUAACGACAACAGGGUGGAGUGUGCACUGCAGCGGGACGCCCGCAAGCAGCACACUUGUCAUGGCAACCAGCCAUCCUGCCGCUCUCCCCGUGGUUAG